AUCACAAACUCUGAAAACUUGGUCCAAUCAGCAAGACUUGACAUGAAUUAACAAUUCAUGGUUGGAUUUAAACCUCAUUAUUUAUUGUUCGUUCUCUGCAAGGUUUUAAAGAAAGCCUCCUUGCUUUCAAGGUGGCUACAGUGAUCUUGUAAGCAUUCUUGUUUAUGCUCGGGAGUGGAUUUUUAGUUUGCUGUGUUGAUGUCAUUGGUUUGCUGAGUAUUUCAGGAUUUUGUUCACAAUGAGGGAAGAAAUCUCAUCCGAGAGCAGAGUGAAACCUGCAAAAUAUGCUGAUCAAAAUCAGGCAGCCAAAGAAAACAUUCACAGCAGUGUUAAGGUGAGCAGCAAUUUUUCGAGAAUGAAGUCGUCAUGGGGCUCUCACAUUGUGAAAGGCUUCUCGGCUGCGGAUAGGAAGACCAAAACCAGAGUGUUGCAGAACACAGCUCACGUCGUCAAGAAGCCGCCGAUCACCAACUCCGAUGCAGCUGCGCAUCAGAAGAAUCAGACAACGGUGUCGAAUUCGAGGACCAAGAGGUCUCUUAUCGGCGAUCUUGCCUGCUCGAUUAACGCUGCCCAAGUUCAUCCACAAGCUGUUCAGAGUCACAACAAGACAAAGUCCAUAAAUUCUUCUCAGGAUUUGUUUCAGGAAAUCGAUCAUUUGAGGAGUCUGCUGCAGGAAUCAAAAGACAGGGAGCUUAAACUGCAAGCUGAGUUGUCGGAGUGUAAGAGAAACCCGAAGGUGUUGGAGCUUGAAAAGGAUCUUGAAUUGAAAAAGAGUGAGAUUGAUGGCCUUCUCAAGAGAGUGGAAUCUCUGGAAAGCGAAAAGGCCAACCUUUCUGGACAAGUAGUUUCUUUGGCUGCUGUCAUGGGGAAACAAGAUGAGGCAUUGGAAAGUGAUGCAUUUGCUAAUGCAGAUAUGGAAGUUGUAGAGCUGAGGCGGCUGAACAAAGAGCUGCAGCUUCAAAAGAGAAAUCUGGCUUGCAGGAUUUCUUCCUUGGAAUCCCAAUUAACCACCCUGGCCAAAUUUUCUGAGAGUGACAGUGUAGAGAAGAUUAAAGCUGAAGCCUCUAUGUUGAGGGAUACAAAUCAAGAUUUGUGCAAACAGGUGGAAGGCCUUCAAAUGAGUAGGAUGAAUGAAGUUGAGGAGCUUGCUUAUCUGAGAUGGGUUAAUUCGUGUCUGCGGGACGAGCUGAGAAGUUGCUCUACCAUGAAUCCUGAUCCUGAUUCUGUUGAAAAGAGUAGAGAAUCCAUUUCCUUUUCACCUUUUAACAAUGAGGAAGAGCAUAAUGAUACUGCUAGAAAAAGGUUGUUUCUUGUCAAGAAGUUCAAGAAGUGGCCCAUCACUGAUGAAGACCUGCAACAAAUGAAAUACACAGACACUCUACUCAAUCGUAAUUGGGAUGAUCCACACAGCACAUCACGGAGGCACUCUAUAAGUGGAGCAAACUGUUGUCCUGAAGAGUUGGCUACUUACAGGAAAAGGCAGUCUGAUAGUUUUGUAUGCUCCAAGGAAGCAGAGAAGAGAGUAGAGGUAUUAGUUUCAGAAAAAUAUGACUUGGAAGUGAGCAACAGGUCCCUUGUAUAUAGCAAUUGUCAGGAGGUUUGUAGACUGACGGGCUCUCUCGAUGUUGUUGAGAAGAGGGCCUUAAGGAUUCCUAAUCCCCCACCAAGGCCUUCAUGCACUGGUUUAAGCGUCCUGAAAGAAGAAACUUCUGUUCAAACUGUACCACCCGCACCGGCUCUUCCUCCCCCACCGCCACCUCCACCACCACCUCCAAAGUUAACGGCUAGACGCUCAACUGGUGUUGUGCAGAGAGCUCCACAAGUUGUUGAAUUUUAUCACUCACUCAUGAAGAGGGAAUCCAGGAAAGACUCCUUGAAUCCUGGGGCAACAGAUACAUCGGAUGUUGCAAAUGUUCAUAGUAGCAUGAUUGGCGAAAUUGAGAAUCGAUCAUCUCAUUUGCUUGCGAUAAAGAUGGAUGUUGAAAUCCAAGGAGAAUUUGUCAACUCCCUUAUAAGAGAGGUCAAUAAUGCAGUUUACCAAGACAUCGAAGAUGUGGUUGCGUUCGUGAAAUGGCUUGAUGAUGAACUCUGCUUUCUUGUGGAUGAAAGGGCUGUUCUGAAGCACUUUGCGUGGCCAGAAAAGAAAUCUGACACAUUAAGAGAAGCUGCAUUUGGGUAUAGAGAUGUAAAGAAGUUGGAGCAGGAAAUCUCGAACUACACCGAUGAUCCUUGUUUGCAAUCCGAUGUUGCAUUAAAGAAAAUGGCAGCUUUGUCUGAGAGGAUGGAGCGCACCGUGCAUGAUAUCCUCCGAGCAAGAGACGCAUUGAUGAGAAACUGCAAGGAGUUCAAUAUACCUACAGACUGGAUGCUGGACAUGGGAAUAUUAAGCAAGAUAAAGUUUGGUUCAGUCAAACUGGCUAAAAUGUACAUGAAGAGGGUGGCCAUGGAACUUCAGUCUAAGGGGACUUCAGACAAGGAUUCUUCCUUGGAUUAUAUGUUGCUACAGGGAGUGAGAUUCGCCUUCCGCAUUCAUCAGUUUGCUGGGGGGUUUGAUGCAGAAACAAUGCAUGCAUUUGAAGAGCUUCGAGACCUUGCCAUGGCCCUGAACAAGAGUAGGGACUGAAGUGGAUAAAGAGGCCAGAGGGAAAGGACCUGAGUUUGCUCAGGUCAGAAGUUUUGAUGAAUCUUGGUAUUGGCUUACCACCUCAGUGAGCAUCAAAAUUGGUUCGGAGAGAAAUAUUGUAUUAUGGAUUUGUAAGGAAAAUUUGUUACCAAAAAAAUAUUGUAUUAUGGAUUUGUAAGGAAAAUUUGUUUCCAAAUAAAUAGUGAAAGGACCCGAGGACCUGAGUUAAGCAACUUCAUUAACUUUCCACCUAUUUUGCAGAGUAGAAGUUCAAAUAUAUAAACUAGUUUGUUAAAAAAUUCAGAGAUAUUGUAGCCAUCAUCAAUAAUCUUGUGUAAGAA